GGGAUAACAUUUAAGCAUUAAAAAGAUGGAGCCCUGUGGAGAGAUUCCGGGACUCAUUAAUAAGUCUCCCCUGGGAAGAGUCAAAGGAAGAAGCUGAAGAGUAUCUCUUCACAACUUUCAUUUUCUCAAGAGGGGAAGGCAAGAGCAGCAGCUUCUUCUUGAAUAGGACUUCGUGAGGACAUACUUGACUGGGUCCAGUGGGACUAGCGGCCACACAUCUUUGAAGUGUGAGUGAGAUAAUAACUUUGCCCAAAGCUGGUUAACAAAGGAUGAUGUAAGUGCAGAGCUUCCAGCCAAAUCCAAAAUGGGCGCUAACACCUCCAGCAAGUCACCAGCCUUUAAUGAGAAUGAUGAUGUUACCUUUGACCACUUUGAAAUUUUGAGAGCCAUUGGGAAAGGCAGUUUUGGAAAGGUAUGCAUUGUCCAGAAGAAUGACACCAAGAAAAUGUAUGCCAUGAAAUAUAUGAACAAGCAGAAAUGCGUAGAACGGAAUGAAGUGCGAAAUGUCUUCAAAGAGCUACAGAUCAUGCAGGGGCUGGAACAUCCUUUCCUUGUGAAUUUGUGGUACUCAUUCCAGGAUGAGGAAGACAUGUUCAUGGUGGUGGACCUGCUUCUUGGAGGGGAUCUGCGUUACCACCUACAGCAAAAUGUCCGUUUCCAAGAGGGUACUGUGAAAUUGUUCAUCUGUGAGCUAGCAUUGGCACUGGACUAUCUCCAGAGCAUGAACAUUAUCCACAGGGAUAUAAAGCCCGAUAACAUCUUGUUGGAUGAGCAUGGACAUGUGCACAUCACAGACUUCAAUAUUGCUACCAUGCUAAAUAAAGACAUGCAGGUUACCACCAUUGCUGGCACAAAACCAUAUAUGGCACCUGAGAUGUUCAGUUCUACAAAACCUAUUGGCUAUUCCUAUGCUGUUGACUGGUGGUCACUAGGCAUUACAGCCUAUGAACUUCUCAGAGGCCGGAGGCCGUAUCAUAUCCGAUCUAGUACAGCUGCAAAUGAAAUAGCGCAUGUGUACAAGACAGCGACAGUAAUGUAUCCUGCUGCUUGGUCAAAGGAUAUGGUGUCAUUAAUUAAAAAGUUAUUGGAGAUAAAUGCAGAGGAACGAUUUUCUCAUCUGAGUGAUAUUCAAGACUUUGCUUAUUUGGCUGAUAUCAACUGGGAUGCUGUUCUACAAAAGAGAAUAAUGCCUGGAUUUCUUCCUACUAAAGGGAAGUUGAAUUGUGACCCAACCUUUGAGCUUGAAGAAAUGAUCCUGGAGUCCAAACCCCUUCACAAAAAGAAGAAGCGCCUAGCUAAGAAGGAAAAGGAAAGCAGCAAAAAUGAUUCAAUUCAGGCGUGUCACCUUCAGAAACACCUGGAAUCAAUCCAAAGAGACUUCUUCAUUUUCAACAGGGAAAAGAUGAGACAACAGCAUAAUGAAAUGCAAGAGAACUUGAUGUUGGCACAAACCAAAGACAACCAGGAAGACGAUGACCAGAAUAAUAAUAUUUGAAAUCUGUUUAGUUUCUGUUCAGAUUUUAACAGAGUUGGUUGGAAGACUAAGCCAUGGCAGUGAUGUGAAAAUCAAGACCAAAAUCUCAAAUCCUCUAGUCUUUUAUGAGGUUGUUUGCAAUUGGAGUGAAAAUGGGCUGAGUGAUUACCUUCACCACUUUAAGGCCCUCUGGUGGCCUUUCAUUUUUAAGUGUUCCCUUUGUUGUUUCUUUCAAACACAUUUUAUUUCUUAGCAGAGUGCAAAUAAAAUGCUACUGUAAAUGCAGUCCUUCCCCAGUGACUUCAAGAAAGAACAGAAUUUGCCUGGGUUGUCCCCCAGCCAGUAUUCUACAUCAACUACUUAAGUUCAAAACACAUUGCAGAAAUAAUCUAGUUUGAGACCACUUUAACUGCCCUGGCUUAGUGCUAGUGAAUCCUGGGAAUUGUAGUUUAUUGUGUAUAUAUUGUCCCUCUGACAGAGGCUAUAUUUCUUACAAAACUACAGUUCCCAGAAUUCCCUAGCAUUGAGCCAGGUGAGUUAAAGCCGCCUCAAACUGGAUUAUUUCUGCAGUGUGAAGUUAAGUAUAGCGUGCCUGCGUUUUACACAGGUGCACCAUACACGACUUUCAGCAUAUGCUGAAAGCCGUGUCAGAAGAGCCCAUUGCGUACCCCGGAAGAACUAAUGGGGUGCGCAGCUGCAUUGUGCGCCGCGGGCACAAGCCCCAUUACUUACUAUGGGGCUUCAGCAUAGACUGAUUUUCCCUUACGUGGAGGGAUCUGGAACAGAUUCCUGCAUAAGGGGAGGGUGCACUGUAUACUUAACUAAGUAACUUGUCUUGGUCCAACCCCCACCUGAUGGAAACAUAAUUCACCCAUGCUCUGAUGGCCAGCAGAAUCGACUGUCUUUUCCCCUUGUAGCUGAUGUCCAUGAAAGUAGGUUUGCAGGGAAGAUACAAUCAUGGUGACAGUGUCACAGUUAUGACUAAGAAUCAGGAAUACAGAACAGUUAUCUAGAUUUACUAAUUCAUAACUGUUCCAUGUUCAGGAUCACUACUUUGUCACAAUUGUGACCCUACAGCUACAAUCAUAACUCCUCCCCAACCUACUUUACUGGGCAUCAUCUGCAUGGGGAGAAGGAGGUCCAUUCUGUUGGUGAUCAGAGUAUGACUGAAUGAUGUUUCUGUCAAGUUUGGGACAGGGAGUUGGAUCUGGACAAGUUACUGAUACAGAAUACUGGUAAUCAUCUUUUAAUGUUUUCAUUACCAUACUGAAGAAGGACACAGGCUUCUAGAAAGAGAUAUAAAAAUGCUGCUUUGAAAAUGGAAAUAGAUGAUUUUUCCCCUUUAUAUCCCACUAGCUAACACUGCACACCACACUUUUGUUUGCAGAAAUUAAUUCUCAAUGCCCCUCCCCCCCCAACAAAACACCGGGAAUGCCUUCUACCAAGCAAACCAGAUCUAGGUAGCUGGCUGAGACCUAGGUUUCUAGCUGCUUUAUUCUGAGAUUAACUAACAGGCCAAGGUAAGGCUGUCUUGCAGCAUGAGUUCCAGAAUUGUAUACAUUGUCAUAGUUUUCCCAGGAACAGCACUGAAACAAACUGGAAAGUGGCUGUGAGUAGGAAAGUGCCUCUAAUGCCAUUAUGCUCAAAGAGUCAUUACCUUGUAUAGAAUAUGUCAGACCAUUUCCUGCCUAGUUUUCAAAAGCUUACUUGCAGUUGCCUAAGCAAGAAUGUAUUUAUUAUACAAUAACCAAAAAUCUAAGUUUGUCAUCUAGUAUAAGAGAGAACUAAGAGACCUUUUCCUCCUUCAACCAUGUUUUAUAUGAAACACCACUUAUCUAAGUGCUGUGACUAGGCAAUUGUCCUGUACUACUUUAUUUUACGCUGUACAGCAGAGGCUGCAUCUUGCCUAACAUCAUUCUGUCGGGCCUGCCGCACCAGGCCGAAUGUUUUAAGGCACAGUCUUACCUGCACUUCCCCAUCUGAAGAAAUUAAUCCUUUUCAUUGUGGAACAGCAUCAAAAUUAAUCCGUAUGGCGCCCCCCCCCCCAAAAGCUUUUGCCCAGCAUUCCAGAUACCCACUAAUAACACCAGGUUGGAUUUCAGUCUCAAGUGUUACAUUAGCCAUCUCUGGCUUUCCCAUCUGCAUGUAAUGAAGAGAUGUAGUCACUCUGGGCUUCAUAGGUAAGUUAGCAAGACUGGGGAAGCAGCACAAAAACAUGUUACAGGUUGUGAGGUAUGAUUACAGGAUGAGGGAAUAGCUUUGCAGAGUUUGCUACUGUGGAGUGGUGUUAAAAGGAUAUAUGGGUGCUAACAUCUUUGAGUAAAUGGUAUACUGUGAUGGUCAGCCUGAAAUGGAUCACAAUACCAAGGAUGUCUUGGAUGAUAUCCAAUCAGUGCCCAUGGAAGAGAGUGAUAGAACCUGCACCACUCCCUUUUAAAAGAGGUGCACUAGCUGUCAGUUUGGAUCAGUCAAUUUAGUGGCAAAUAAACAGUUGCCUGUAAUUAAUUGCUUUACUCAACAACAAAGGUUGCACAGUAUGACUAUAACAAAAUGGAGGCAGGGGGCGGGGAGGAGAUUAUUUUAACCCCUUUUGCAGUGAAAGUGACUUUUUAGUUGCUUUAAAGAAACGAGAUGCUUUCUUUAAAGUAACUAAAAUGGUUACUUUCUAAAAAUGAAUUGAAUUGCAACUAAAUGGGGUGUUGGAACUUAGUGCACCUAGUUACCGUUAAAAGUUACCCUUGUCUCCAGUGUUAACUUUGAGAAAGUAUGACUUUUCCUGCAAAGCUAACUGAAGCUCCAACGCAUGUGGAUUAUCACAUUUUCUAUUUAUUUAUUAACAAAACAGCAGCCUUGUCCCCGUUCUGGACUGGGACAAUGGAAAAUAAACACACACAUUUAUUUCCUUCACAAAAUUUCUCCCAAGCUGCUACUUGUAGCAUAGCAGCUUCUUUCCUAGACAAAAUAGUGGUUUCAGGGAGAGGAAUAAGAUUUUUAUCGAGAAAACAGCAGGAGGUGAAGGAAUUAAAGCUCUCCCCCACAUGGUUAAGACACAAAUGUUACCAUGCAUUUCAUUUGUCUUUUUGACUUUGUGUUGGAGAACAUGUUUUGGACCAACAGGAGCAGGUGACAACUGCACAGUGGCUGAGAUCCCACAUCACAGCUACCUUGUUCCAUAACAGCCAGUAGAUCCAGGCCUCCCAAAGACUUGGUUUGGUGCUGAGAGCUGACAUACUUUACUCUUGCAAGAUAAGCUUUAUUGGUGGUAAAUGAUGCAGUAGAUGGUACACAGUAGAGAAGCUUUUUGGUCCUUUUACUAAUGGGGUCCACCAUUCUCUCACAGCCAGUGGCAGAACGGGGCCCCCAAACUAAUUCUACCCAAACUCUCCUCGGUGAUCAAAUGCACCCCUGGACCGUAUGGAAGAGGAGGCCAAUGGAAAAUAGACUUCCAAAGUUUACGUAGUGCCAACCAAAAUGUGCAAGCGUGACCCAUCUCUCCCCACCAUUGACAAGGAGAACUGUGCAAGCAGAUUGGCAACAAGAGGAAAAUUCACGCUCCUAGUCCAUUCCCAGUCUUCAUAUCUUUGCCCAGUCUCAAACUGCCAAGCUAAUGCAAAAAAAUACCAAAUGAGGUCACUAAUACAAACUGACUCACUCUCUCUCUACACUGAAAAGCUGUUACCCUUUGGCCAUGAUGCUAACACAGAUUCCCAAACGUAUCUCCCUAGUGGCAGAGGCCCAACUCACAAGCACGCAACUCUUCACAUAUAGUUGCUCAUCCUCCCAUGUCCCAACAGCUAUCAAUCCCCAGGAGUACCCCCUGCUGUUGUCACUUAUCAGUGGAGAUGGGAGAGGGGGAGGGAGGUAAUUCAGACUAUAGAGAAGUGGGGUGAAGGGGCAAGGAGAGAAAUGGUGUGCUCUCAAAAUGGUCUACACAUGCCUUUUCCUUCCUCUAGCAAACCAGAGCAAGCAGAUCUUCAUGGUCUGAACCAUUUCCCCACUCUUCUUCCUUAGUAGAGAUUAGGAGGAACAUAAGGAGAAACUUCCUGACAGAAAAAGCUGUUCGACGGUGGAACACAUUCCCCUGGAGUGUGGUGGAAUUUUCUUGUUUGGAAGCCAUUAAACAGAGGCUGGAUGGCUAUCUGUCAGGGGUGCUUUGAUUGUAUAUUCCUGAAUGGCAGGGGGUUGGGCUGGAUGGCCCUUGUGGUCUCUUCCAACUCUAUAAUUCUGUGGUAAGCAAGAGGCUGCCAGGGCUUGUGAGCUGUGGUGCAGUGGGAGGUAUCUGGAUGGAAUGAAAGGGUAAGUGAAUGAACUGUUCAUACCCAUCUAAAGCAGGACUUAAGAAUGCAUAAGAUGCAGUUAUGCACAAGCAAGCCACAGGAUGCUGGCCUUAGUACACUGUAACCACUGUAUUAACCUAGAACUUUUAAGAGUCAACAGAUCCAAUUGUGUAAUUCUGCUGAGAGGUUGGUUGCCAUCAGUGGGACCAAGAGCUGAUAAUUCCCUGCUGCUAGCGCCAUCUAGAGCCAUCAAAAUCUAGUCUGGAGUGCUAGAAAGAUGUUUGAACAGUGCAGCAAACACUAGCAGUGGGAAUGGGAAGUCAUAUUAUGUUAGUUGUGUUCCAUUGGCUACAGUGGAUUAAACUGUUUAGACUUGAGAGGACUGGAGCUGCUGACCAUUUUGGUCCUUAAGACUUUAAGAAAUCAUAAAUUGUAUUUAUGAAAUAUAAUUGUUUAAAACUGUAUUCAUAAAAGGGACUUCAGGAUUCUUGUACACAAUUUUGAUCACUUGUCAUUUCCAAACAAGAAAUAAAAUCUGAGCGAGGAAUUUGGGUUCAGCACUGUAGAGUAGGAUCACAACAUACACACACAGGGUAGUUUUCUGUACAGCAAUAAAUAGUAGCUGUUUUAAUCUGGCUAGUUCCAUGUCUCACAAAAUAGGGUUAGUUUUUGCCAUUUUCUUUCAUACAGGGAGGUGGUGAAGGCAAUUUAUCCAUAGUAUAUGUUCUUAAGCUUAAUAAUUAUGUCUCAAAAAGUAAUACUGGGCAUUUUUCCUCUUCUGUUUUAUAAACAUGGUCUAUUAAACUUUCUAUAUGACUCUUA